AUGGUACUUAAACAACUCACUAUCUUUUUCAUCAUCAUCUAUGUGCUUGAGUCCUUGAUAAUAAUUGCACAGAGCAGCUUCACUGUUGCAGUUCUGGGCAGAGAGUGGGUUCUGGUCAAAAGACUGUCACCUGUGGAAAUGAUUCUCACCAGCCUGGGCAUCUGUCGUUUCUGUCAACAGUGGUCAUCAAUACUGCACAAUUUUUGCUCCUAUUUUAACCUUAAUUGUGGGAUAUGGAACACAGGCAUCAUCUGGGAAUUCACUAAUACCCUUACAUUCUGGUUGACCAGCUUGCUUGCUGUCUUCUACUGUGUCAAGGUCUCUUCGAUCAACCAUCCCAUCUUCUUCUGGCUGAGGUGGAGAAUUUUGAGAUUUGUUCCCUGGUUAUUACUGAGUGUUCUGGUGAUUUCUUGUGUGGCGAUUAUCCCUUCAGCUAUUAAGAAUCGCAUCCAGAUGGAAUUUAACCUCAUGGAGCAUUUACCCACAAACAGCACUUUGAUUGAGAGACUUAAAAUGUUUGAGCAGUAUUUUUCCAAGGCUCAUAAAAUAGUUGUAUUGACGAUUCCCUUUCUCCUGUUUCUGGUCUCCACCACCAUGCUGAUGGCCUCUCUGAUCCAGCACUGGAAACAAAUGAAACUGCAUAACACUGGCCUCUCUAACUCCAACCUGAGAGCUCACUCUACCGCCCUAAGGUCUCUUGCUGUCUUCUUUAUCUUCUUCACUGCUUACUUUCUGACUGUAGUACCCAGCAUUUUAGGCAUUAGAUCUAAGAGAACACCUUGGUACUGGGUUUGGGAUUCCAUCAUCUACGGAAUAGUCUGUAUUCAUUUCACUGCACUGAUGCUGAGGAGCCCUACACUGAAGAGGGCUCUAAAGAUAAAGUUCUGGGGCCUAGAGUCUGUCUGA